AUGGGGCCGGGACACGGGGACCUGGGUGACGUUCUGGUCCGACCAGCCCGUCUGCCCCGGGAUGGCCAUCGGCGGCACGGGGCCCUGCUGCCACUCGCAGCCCUGGGGGAGAUGACGGAAACGGGGCCCGCGAUGGCACCCGCAUCCCCCGCGCCGUGGGGCACCGCCACCGCCUGCCACGGUGAGGCUGGGUCACGCAGCUGCCCCAGGGCUGAGGGGGGGCUCUCGGCCCCCGGCUGCCCACCAAGCGGCUCAGCCCUGGGCAUGCCUCCUGCCCUGCUGCUCUGCCUCCUGCUCCUGCUGGCCGCCUGCUCGCCUGCCGCCGGCUCCAGCCCCGGCAUCAAGGGCCGGGUGACCCAGAGGGCCCUGGAGUACGGCCGGCACUUUGGGCUGGAGCUGCUCCGGUCGCUGCUGCAGAAGGAGCAUGAGCUGAACCUGCAGGGCUCCUACCGGCCCCCCUUCCUGGGGGAGCUCCAGUACACCGUGCCCCGGAUCCACAUCCACGAGCUGCAGCUGAACGACUCCUCCGUGGACUUCGCCGAGGACGUGGGCGUGCGGCUGGCGGUGCAGCGCGCCCGCAUCCAGCUCAGCGCCGACUGGGGAGCGCAGCUGGGCACCUUCCAGGACAGCGGCGUGGUGCGGCUGCGCGUGGGCGACCUGGCCGUGGCGGUGGUACUGGGGCUGAGCGUGGACGAGGGCGGCCGCCCCGCCGUGUGGGCCGCCGGCUGCGACGCCCGCGGCACCGACCUGCACGUGGAGUUUCACCAGGGACAGAGCUGGCUCUACAACCUCCUGGUGCCGCUGCUCCAGAGGACCCUGCGGCAGCAGCUGAACAAGCAGCUCUGCGUCGAGCUUGAGAAGAGCAUCGGCAGGCUGGAGGCCUCCCUGAAGCACAUGCGAGUGUCCCCCCAGCUCGACCCCUUCGCUGCCAUCGACCUCUCCUUGCUGAGCCGCCCGGCGAUCACGGCGGAGCACGGGGACGUCAGCCUCAAGGGCGAGUUCUUUGGGGUGGGCAGGCGCUGGCAGAGCCCCUUCUCACCCAAGCCGGUGGGGCUGCCCGAGGCGCACGAGCCCAUGCUGCUGCUGGCUGUCACCGACUUCGUCGCCAACUCCGCCGCCUUCGUGUACUUCACGGCCGGGGCCCUGCGCAGGAACAUCUCCGGGGAUGCGCUCCCGCGGCGCUUCCCCAUCCAGCUGAGGACCAAGAGCUUGGGGGUCUUCUCCCCGCAGCUGCAGGAGCACUUCCCCGACCUGCCCAUGGAGCUGCACCUCUCGGCCCGCCAGCAGCCCCUGCUCUCCUGCCGCCCCGACGCCCUGCACGGGACCCUCUUCGGCUCCGCCGAGGCCUUCGUGGUGCUGCCCAACGCCACCCGCGUGCCUGCCUUCCUGCUGGACAUCGACGCCAACGUGACGGGGAAGCCGACCAUCACCGGGAACAGGCUGGGGGGCACCGUGCGGCUGACGAGCCUCAGCGUGGCGCAGGUGACCUCGCACGUGGGCCCGCUGCAGCCCCGCUGUCCCCACAGAGCGGCUCCGGUCCGGGGUCCCGCUGCCCACCCCGCACGGCCUCAGCCUGGUGCACCCGCACCUCUCGCUGCACGAGGGCUUCCUGCUCCUCGCCACGGACCUGCAGUACGAGCCCUGAGACCCGCUGCUGCCUGGGAACGCGCUGUCCCCAUCCCUGACCCCGUCCCUGUCCCCAUCCCCGACCCCAUCCCCGUUUUGGGGGUCCAUCGGGUGAUCUAA